CCUGUGCUUGGGAGCAGGUACCGUAGCCAUCCAUGGCUUGGGGUCACUGUGUGAUCUUGCUACUAGUCGUAGCGGCCACUCUGGGGCCAGGACUGGGCCAGCAGACUCGGGCCAGGCCGGGGCCCCUGGGCCUGCAGCACAAUCACACCUGCGGGGCCCAGGGCAUGCAGCUACAUGUGGUCCCCAAACCAGGCCGGGCAGUCCACAUCAAGGUGGUGGAUGAAUUUGGAAAUCGGUUUGACGUGAACAACUGCUCCAUCUGCUACCACUGGCUCACCUCCCAGCCCCAGGGGGCUGUGGUCUUCUCUGCUGACUACAAAGGCUGUCAUGUGCUGGAGAAGGACGGGCAUUUCCACCUGAGGGUGGUGGUAGAGGCGCUGCUACCCGACGGCCGUGUGGAGGCAGCACAAGAUACCACCUUCAUCUGUCCGAAGCCCCGAAGCCCCUGGGCUCCAGCCACCCACCUGGUGCCCAUCACCUGGGUUUCUUCGUACUCCACCCCCACUGUCCGGUGCUUCCGAGAUGGCCACCUCCUCCUGGUGGUAUCCCAAGAAACUGCCUUGGCACACAGAAUCACACUAGCCAACACCCACCUGGCCCAUGCACCCACCAGCUGUCCCCCGGCCCAGAAGACAGAUGCUUUUGUGGUCUUCCGGUUCCCCCUCACCCACUGCGGCACCACUGCCCAGGUGGUUGGCAGCCAGCUCAUCUAUGAGAACCAGCUUGUGUCUGGCCUCGAAGUUCAGAGGGGGCCCCGGGGCUCUGUCACGUGGGACAGCACCUUCCAGCUCCACGUCCGCUGUAUCUUCAAUGUCAGCAACUACUUGCCUGUCCAGGCAUCUGUCUUCCGGGCUCCGCCACCUGGCCCUGUGACCCAGGCUGGUCCCCUACGGCUCGAGCUCCGGAUCGCCAAGGAUGAGACAUUCAGCUCCUUCUACGAGGAGGAAGACUACCCCAUCUGGAAGCUGCUCCGGCAGCCACUGCAUGUGGAGGUCCGGCUCCUGCAGAGGGCGGACCCUGGCCUGGUCUUGGUGCUGCACCAGUGCUGGGCCUCGCCCAGCACCAACCCCUUCCAGCAACCACAGUGGCCUGUCCUGUCAGACGGAUGUCCUUUCAACGGGGACGGCUACAGAACCGAGAUGGUGGCCCUGGAAAAGGCACUGCCCCUACCUUCUCACCGCCAGCGCUUCACGGUGACCACGUUUGCUUUCCUGGACAAGGGCUCCCGCAGGGCCCUCAGGGGACCGGUCUACUUCUUCUGCAGCGCAUCUGCCUGCCACCCCUCAGGGCUGGAUACCUGCUCCCGGACCUGUACCCCUGGGUCUCCCAGACAACGGCGACAGUCCUCAGGUGACCACAGGGGCCCUGCUGGGCCUUGGGACAUCGUGAGUUCUCCAGGGCCAGUAGGCUUUGAGGAUGUUAGUGGGCAGGAGCCUACCGUGGGAGCCACAGGCUCCCCCAGGGACUCCAGCUCCAGGCUUCUCCUCUGGGUGCCUCUCAUGCUGCUGGCCCUUGUGCUGGUUGUCGGGGCUGGAGUCCUCCCAGGCCUGCAUCGGACCUGGGCUCCGCAGCAACAGGAAGGCUGCAAAGCAUGAAUGGGCUCAAUAAAGCAUUGUUUCCAACCUCC